GACUGCGUGCAGGCCUCGGAGCUGUGUAACCAGGACGGCCAGUGCAGCUCGCGCUUCCGCAUCAUGCGGCAGUGCCUGUCGGGCGGCGAGCGCGAGCGCAGCGCCAUGCUGGGCUCGCGGGAGUGCCGCGGCGCGCUGGAGGUGCUGCAGGACUCUCCGCUGUACCGCUGCCGCUGCAGGAGGGCCAUGAAGCGGGAGCUGCAGUGCCUGCAGAGCUACUGGAGCAUCCACACCGGCCUGGCCGCAGGUGAAGAGUUCUACGAGACGUCUCCAUACGAGCCGAUCCACUUCUCCGAGGAGUUCAGACACGCCUCCAUCAUCUCAGACUCCUCCCUCUCCAGGAUGAGCCCCUGCUCGGAGGCGGGGAAACCCUGUAACCCCUGUCUGGAUGCGGCCAAGGCGUGCAACCUCAACGAGACGUGCAAACGUCUGCGAUCCGCCUACAAUUCCAUCUGCAGCAAGACCACACCCCCUCAGCCAGGCUCACCCAAUCAGGAGCCCUGCAGCCGGAAGAGAUGUCAGAAGGCGCUGCGGCAGUUCUUCGAGCGGGUUCCGUGGGAGCUCAGCUACCCGCUGCUGUUCUGCUCGUGUCCGGACCAGGCGUGCGCCGAGCGCCGGCGCCGCACCAUCGUGCCGUCGUGCUCGCACCAGGAGAGGCACCGACCGAACUGCCUGGAGCUGCGGCGCACCUGCCGCUCCGAUGUCCUCUGCAGGUCUCGGCUGGCCGACUUCCACCUGAACUGCCAGGUGACGCCUCACACCGUGAGCGGCUGUCCCCACGACAACCACCGCGGCUGCCUGAUGUCCUACGUGGGUCUGAUCGGCUCGGACGUGACGCCGAACUACAGCGACAACAGUCCGUCCAACAUCACCCUCAGCCUGUGGUGCAGCUGCAGAGGCGGAGGUCCGCAGGAGGAGGAGUGUGAGGCCUUCCACCGCGACUUCACCCACAACAGCUGCCUCAGAAACGCCAUCCUGUCGUUCGGUUAUGGUUCGGACGGAGGACCUGUGCCGGCGACCGAGCCGGCCUCCACCUUCCCGCCGCCCGUCAUCUCUAAGCCCGCCCCCUCCUUCCAUAGCAACGCCAUCAAGCCCCUGGAUACGGCGUGUGUGUUCUCCACCUGCGCCAACCUGCAGGACGGGGGACAGAAGUGCGUCUCUUCGGAGGACUUUGAGUGUGAAGAGGCUCUCCUGGCUCAGGGCUCCAUGGACUCAGAGGACUCUGCAGGACCCAGCAGCAGCGUUCUGCCACCAGCUCCUCCCGUCCUCCUCGUCUCUGUGACUGUGUUUCUACUCUGCAUCCCAUCAAUCUGAACUCACACACACACACACACACACACACACACACACACACACACACUCUCACACACACACACACACACACAC